UUUCUCCUUCUUACCAUCUAUCUUUCAUGGGCUAGAUGUCAACAUCCACUGAAGUACUGGUAGAACCCUUGAGGUUCUUACUGUCUAGGGAUGAGUUGCUUGCUCUUGCAUGCAAUGCAAUCAAGCCUACACCCUGCGAGUGGGAGGGUUGUCAGAUAGUAUUAAAUAGCUGGCAAACAUUGUUAAAGCACCUGCUGAGGCACUGUGCUUAUGUUUCACAGCAGGAUGGGAUGUAUCACUGCAAGUUUUCUCGUUGUGCAGGUCGACUUCAUAGCUCGCAACAUGCACUUAAAUCACAUGUAGAACUGAGCCACCUCUCGCGUGUUUCACUGCCAUGUCCAAUCCAAGGCUGUAAUGCAGAGUUUGUUCGUGUACCACUGCUAGAAACUCAUUUUGAAGAGGUCCAUCGCAAAGAUUUUGGUGAUCACGUCCCUGCGCAUGCAAUCGUUCAUCAAGCUACCCCUGCAAUACCCACCACUCUUGUCCCACCGCUGCCACCCUUGUCCCUCGUCGUCCCUUCGUAUACCAUGAUGGUUUCCGUUACCUGCUCCAAGCGUCGCGCAGGCCAGACAUCGUUGAACGGCACGAGCCGACUUCCUCGGAAGUGGAGUAGGCUGAAUGCCCAAGACGACUCGGACGAGGAUGAAAACCACAAUGAUAUUGUUUUCAAUGAUCUUCUAUCCGUCCAGCUUCGCAAGGGGUCUGUGGAUCCAGUUACGGUGGAAGUGAGCAAAAAAUUACUCGACGUCCAGGCUCAGCUAUCACGACCGCAACCCGUUAUUUCUCCACCCAUCUCCACGGAUGAUGUGCCCGACAGCAUACUGUAUCCGACUUUCUCUCGCAGGGUGGACAAACUCGUUGCGGAUGGGAUUCUGAAGAGGUAGAGGAAAUUCGCUUAGAGUCGUAAAGUUAAUUCAAUCGUCGCAUGUUGCUUUCGUGGUUUUCGUACUUCAUCUGCAAAACUACCCGAGCUGUUAACAGCCGCGUCGCGUAGCUGUUUCCCAGAUGUUUUACCCCUCGGCAAUAAUUGCAUUGUACUGUUUAAAAAUACCGACGUGUGUUUUCACCAUAGCGAUGUGCAUGGGUCCUUCAUGUGCGCUACCUCAGUUAGGCGCUGACUAGCGCCCAAAGAGCUUGGGAACACCCACGCAUCUUUACCAAUUCUCAUGA